CCCCGCACCGCGCCCACCGCGCGCCGAGGACCAUGCCGCCCCCGGGCCGGGCGCCGCCGCUCGGGCUCCUGCUGGCGCUGACUGCGCUCCGGUGCCCAGGAUCAUGUUCGGCUGCAAGUAACAGAAACCCUGGCCACAGUGGCUUAGUGAUGGAGAGUCGCGGGGUGGCAGACAGCCUGCAGAGGUUCUCCUCGCUGCCGGCCUACCUCCCCACCAGCUUGCACAUCUCCAACGCGGAGGAGUCCUUCUUCCUCAAGGAAGCCAACCAGGACCUGACCAGGAACUCCAGUCUGCAGGCACGGGUGGAGCCCUUCUUCAUCUACCGGGCCAGGAGCCCCCCCAUUGUCAACGCCAGCUAUGGCCCGUUUUCGGUGGAGAAGACCAUCCCCCGGGAGUUCCUGGUGAUGCCUACGCCCUUUGGAAACAUGGAGAAGUUUCCCUUCAACUGGAAAUUGAAAUCCCACAUCCUGGACAGCUCCAUCUACUCCAACAGACCCAAAGUGCAGACCUUGUUUUACGUCACCGGCAUGGGCUGGGAUGACAGCGACCCCGCGGAAGAUCUGCCCUGCGUCAAGAUGUUUGCUUUCCCCGAGACCAGGGAAGUGGCCGCCAGCUGCCGGCUGCAAGGGGCCCCGGGGCUGUGCGUGGCUGAGCUGGAGCUGCUGCCCGAGUGGUUCAGCUCCGGCCUGGACCUGGAGCCCGAGGAGGAGAUCCCGGCCCUGCUGGGGGGCACCGCCAUGGAGCUCUUCUUCACGCUCUACCCGGCUGACGAGGCCGGCCAGUGUCCACUGGAGGAGGAAGGCAAGUGGGAGAACAACAUCCACUCGGGCCAGGAGGGCCCCCAGCAGGCAUUUCCCGCCCGCGAGAGGAUCGGGAGCGUGGUGGUCUACCCGACGCAGGAUGACCUGAAGUGGUCCCUGGUGAGCUUGGAUGAGAAUGUCGUCAUCUCAGUACCUCUGAACCUAGUCCGGGAAGGGGACACGGCCACCUUUUUGGUCUCUCUCACCAGUGGCUCUGUGGCAGACCAGUUCACGCUUAGAAUUAAGGCCGCGGCAGGUGUGAAGAUAACGGCGGUGAGGAUCAGCAGCGAGGACCAGUGGGCGGUGCAGGAAGAAAUAGACAACGGCAGCACCCAGACGACGGCCAGCCUCACCUGCAUGGGCCAUCGCCCCGACACGCAGAGCAGGUGAGCGCAGAGGCCCCCAGGGGCCUCCACUUGGCAGUGGAGGGUCGGCAGUGGCUGCUGGAGCUGAUAGCAAAACAACGCGCGGAUAAACAAAGGGCCGCCUCUCCGCCUAAUGGGAAACGUGCUCCUUUCAGCUCAUCAGCACCGCUCGGGCACACGGCCUCUGAAUGGCUCCAUUACGGGGCUGUGCCGCCGUGCGAGGCUUUUAUCCCCGAUGCCUGUGUACACAAAUGACCUAAUUAGGUUGGCAGUCUCAAAAAUUGCCCGAGUUGACAUUUGUCACAGUGCAGAGUUUGAUAACCACAUUUAAAAUUUUUAUUGUUAUUAUUAUUAUUGUUAUUGUUUGCAGUGAAGUGCUGAAGAACAGAAUGGGGGGAAAUAGAAAUGAUUUAAGAGGCAAGGGGAAAAUGUACUUUUUAAUGAGCAAACCAAGGGUAGCGAUUGCUGUGGGGUAAUCGUCCCUUAGAGCUUAAACGCAGUCGUUUUGCUGGUGUCGCACCUGGGAGCUGGCGCAUGGCUUCAGAAUCUCAAGCGGCGUUGCAGGCAGCCUGUCUUCUCCGGCUCAGACCCCAGCCUUGGGGGUGACGGGGCCGAACUCACCUGGGAGUCAGAGGGAGGUCAUUGCCAGCCAUCUCUCCUCCUACAUGCAGCAGGUGGAGAGAGCUCUCCCCCCCACCCCCCGCCGCAGCAGCCUUCUCCACGCAGCCCCCGGCCUCUACUUUCUCCCCCGCUUCUUGAACACGCAUCUCCUACGGGGUUGCUUGGCUGGUCGGGCUCGCGAGCGUGGCUGGACUUGCAGCCGCCUGCGUUAAAACCCCCGGGCUCCUGCUUCAGCCCAAGGGGCUUGGCAGACGAGCCCCUUUCGAGCCUGUUACUUGUCACCGUAUUUUGUCGCAUCCUGCUCUCUUUGCUUUCUUCUCUAGUCCCUAAAGUCUUCGAGGUCCA